AUGACGUCCAAUAUGCUAUUAGCAGAGCCAGUUGAAGAGCAAACAAGCUGGGAAGAGAGUAUGCGAAUGGGAUAUCUCAACAAUUACCAACAUCUAUUGAAUAAAAAUGAAAUACAAAUAAACAGUGCUUUAAAUGAUACAAGAGAGCAUACCAUGUUGAUGCACGGAAUCUUGUACGUGAUAUUUAUCGAGAACGAUAAUUCGCAAUUGGACAAGCAUUUGAAUAGACUGAUAGUUUGUGGUACAUUACAGAUACCUCUGGAGACUUUAAUUGAAAUGUCAUCGCAAGGAAGAAAAUUCAAGUUGUAUACACCGAGGACAAUACAUCGUAUGCUAUGGCUUAUAUGGAAAUUUAUUUCCAUGGGAGUGAAGGGAACAGAUAGUAUAAACAUGGAGUUAGUAUGUGAAAACAUGCUACGACAAAUACGAGGAAGUGAUAAUAGCGAGAUCAAUCUUUUUAUGUGUGAGCAACUUGUAGAUAUAUUCUCUAGAGAUUCCAGCAUGAGUUUUCUAUCCAGUCACCAAAGAUUGGUUGCAUUGGUGAUAUUUACAUUUUUACGGAAAUUAAGAGAUCAUUUCGGUAGUGAAUAUCAUAAUCUUGCGAAUAAAGAGGCUGAGUUAUGCGAAAAAUUGUUAAAAACUCAGCCGAUUUGUCAUUAUAUUGGACGUGAUUUGAUCCGUUUACUUAUGGAUGUUGCCAAACAUCCUAGGAUUCGUGUAGUAUUGAACGAAUUGGUUCAUAAUCCGGCUAAAUUUCCAGGAUAUGAAGGCCUAACGGCAUUGUUAUGCACGCCCACCCCCAGUUUUCUAAUAAAAAGUCGAAUUACUUUCUUUAUGGAAGAACUCUUAAAAGAAAUUUUUCAUACUGAAAAUCAAAAACACGCGAGGAAAUUCAACUGGUUUCGCAACGAAUUUCUCUAUGGAUCAGAAUAUCUUGUAGUGGAUGUGAUUCGGUUUAUAUGCGCCUGUAUACAUCCUACUAACGAAAUGCUUCGCUCAAAUCUCGUUAAGCGAUGGUCAAUAAUUACAGAGUUGAUUAAACUUGUACAUCAAGAUUGUACGAUUGCGUCACAAGCACGAUUAGCUUUAUUUUUUGAUUGGCUGUGUUGGACAAAAACAGAUAAUAUAAUGAACAUUGAACCGGGAAUCCUAGUAAUAUUGGAAAACAUUACGGUUCAGUCCAUGAUCACCAAUAGUUUGAUCGAGUAUUUGCAUUUCCAGGUGAAUCAUUUCUGUAAUAUACAAGGAUAUAGAACUCGUAGACAUGUAGAAGAUGCUAUGGAUACGGUAUUUAAUUUGGGUGUUGUAGUACCAGAAGCUCUGAAUUUAGCCAUUAAUUCUGGAUACUUGGAUUCAUUUACCAAAAGUUACAUUAUUGGAUUGUGGGGUAAUCAUGUCAGUCAAGCACUUAAAGAUGCUAACCGUAAUCAAGCUAUAGUCCACCAGCAGCAGCAGCAACGAAGACCUUCUUUGAGCAUUCAAACUUCGAACAAUCAAGUACCCACACUAAAUAAACGAAGACUUUCGAUAAGUAACCAACCUGAGACUAGCUCAACAGCUCUUAAAACACCCAAAAUUACCGAUACUCCCGUUAUUACCGUACCUUUAUCAAUAACCGCUGCAUCUCCAUUAAAUUCGGCACAAAUUCCUCCUUUCUCGUCUAACCAGCUUGCUGAAAUUAAAGAAGAACCAACAAAAUUGGAAGUCUCCACCAAAGAAACUGGCACUCGAGAUGCGCAAAGAAUCGGCGCAAAUAAUGUAUCUCAAAGUUUUGAUGUCUUGAAUAGGCAUGUUGAAUCGAAUGGUCAUAAUAAUAUUAAGCAAGAGACCGAAAAUAUCUUGGUAAAUUCACAAAAACAAGAUAAAACAGUUAUCUCAAAUUUCGCAUCUCAAUCACCAGUUGGACCAACUUCUGCAUUAAACUCCCCGUUUCCAAUGUCUACUGGAUUAAGCUCUUCCCUUCCUACAUCUAUCUUAUCAAGCGCUCCAAAUCAAGCAUCUAAAGGCGAGAACCGGUUUUGGCUUUACGGAAAAAAACUCGAUAUAUUUGAUCAGACCGAAGAUCCGAUUGAGGCAGAAAAAUUGCUUUUAGCAAUUUUUGGAGCUAUGGAACGGCAAAGCAUCGAAGCGUUUAGUUCUGUUGGCGAUCGUAUUGCACCCAACAUCCGUAAAUUCCUUGACACUUCAAAUCUGUUUGAUGUUGUGCUGAAAAGUUACUGGGAGUCCCAAGAAUCGGAAAACGCUGGUAACAUAAUGAGGAUAUCUGAAUUAAUUAUAAAGGUGGGCGAAAUUGAUUUGGCUCAAGAUAUUGUUCGUACUAGACUUUUGUUAUCGGGCUUAAGUCGAAUAGAACAGAAUCCCCCUAGUUUUGCUCAUAAUUUAUUGUCAGUUUACAAAAAUUUUGUGGAAAAGCAGAUGCAAUUCCAUAAAGCUAGUGACGAGGACGACAAGCUGCAAGAAAUUAAAAGGAGAAUCCUGCAUGAUCUGAUGAUCCUACAGAAAAAGCAUGUGGAUAUUUUUCUUUCUAUGUGGCUGUCAAUUUUAAAAGAAUUGCGAGAAUAUCUAGUGGGUGAUGUGGAUUUUAUUUAUUUGACUAUUUCUAGAAUAAGUCCUGCUUUGGCUUUAUCUAUUCAAACAAAUCUUCUUCUGAACAAAAUUCAGCUUUUUGGAAAAUGUGAUCUCGACGAAUUGCUUGAAUAUGACCAAGGGAUCUUUUUCCAGUUGCUUAAUGCAGAGAUAGGAGGGCAAUUUGAGAAAAUUGUGCAAAUUGUGGAAAAUUCAACCGUUUUAAGAGGAAUAGAUGUAACAGAUUUUCCGCAAGCAAUGAACGGAAUACUGAACUUACUAGGAUCCGUUCGUCCUUCGGAACGAUUUUUCCCUCUGUUCUUUAACCUACUCGAAAAUCAAGACCAUAAUUCAAAUGCAAACGUCAAUUUCGUGGCAAUAAUAUUUGAACAAUGGCGUCGAAUAUUUUCUAACGAGUUUAUGGAAUUGUUGAAGGAAAUCAUUGAAAAACUCUCUGAUAAGGUGACGGAAUCACAGGAGAAGCAGAAAAAAGGACAAUCAUCGAACGAAAAUACUGUUGCAGAAGCGGCGGGGCUAUUGUCGGUCAUGAAAGCUUGGUGGGCGAAAGAACAUGCUGAUGCUGAAACAAUUCGGUUUAUAAGAAGUAAAAGAAUCCUUUCGAAUCUUGUGGCGCUUGCGUCCAAAAUGCCUUCGCAAGAGGAUUAUCCGCUAGAAUGGUGGAACGAAAAUUAUAGCGAUGAACAAUCAAAUGUGCUAUCAGAGCGAGCAAACGAACCUCCAAACCAAACGACGAAAAUUACUAAAACUCGUAAUCUUCGUGCUUCGAAGUCUGCAAAAAAAGCAUCAUCAACGAAUGAGCAUAGUGAAGACAUGGAUCCUCAUGAUGACAAUGACAAUGAUGACCAGGAAGAAGAAAAGGAGGUGAAAUCAACAUCUAGACGCACAACACGAGCUGCAGCAAAAAAGAAAUCAACAUCCACGACAAAAAGAAAAACAACGUCACGACGUAAAGUGGCCAGUAGUAUAACCACUACUACUGAAUCCGAAGAAGACGAGAAUAAUGAAGAUGACGAAGAUAAUGAAGACGAAGAUAAUUACAUUGAUGAAGAAAAAGAAACAGAAAUAAAACAGCCUCAAAGAAAACGCACUACCAGAUCCCAAGCGAAACAAGAAAAAGCUAAAACAACAAGGGCAAAAGCAUCAGCACCCGUCAGGAGAUCUAAAAAAACUAUUGAACAAACAUCAUCAUCCUCUUCCUCAGCAAGUUCAUCUGAAGAGCAAGAAGCAAACAAGGAUGACUCGGAGGACGAAAAUGAAAAAGAGGAAAACGAGAUUAAUGGAAAAAGUAAGAAAUCCACAUCAUCAUACAAUAAUCGCUCCAAGACAUUACAAACUCGUAGUGGUAAGAGGAUAACCAGACCAUCGGCACCGAUUUGUCAUUAUAUUGGACGUGAUUUGAUCCGUUUACUUAUGGAUGUUGCCAAACAUCCUAGGAUUCGUGUAGUAUUGAACGAAUUGGUUCAUAAUCCGGCUAAAUUUCCAGGAUAUGAAGGCCUAACGGCAUUGUUAUGCACGCCCACCCCCAGUUUUCUAAUAAAAAGUCGAAUUACUUUCUUUAUGGAAGAACUCUUAAAAGAAAUUUUUCAUACUGAAAAUCAAAAACACGCGAGGAAAUUCAACUGGUUUCGCAACGAAUUUCUCUAUGGAUCAGAAUAUCUUGUAGUGGAUGUGAUUCGGUUUAUAUGCGCCUGUAUACAUCCUACUAACGAAAUGCUUCGCUCAAAUCUCGUUAAGCGAUGGUCAAUAAUUACAGAGUUGAUUAAACUUGUACAUCAAGAUUGUACGAUUGCGUCACAAGCACGAUUAGCUUUAUUUUUUGAUUGGCUGUGUUGGACAAAAACAGAUAAUAUAAUGAACAUUGAACCGGGAAUCCUAGUAAUAUUGGAAAACAUUACGGUUCAGUCCAUGAUCACCAAUAGUUUGAUCGAGUAUUUGCAUUUCCAGGUGAAUCAUUUCUGUAAUAUACAAGGAUAUAGAACUCGUAGACAUGUAGAAGAUGCUAUGGAUACGGUAUUUAAUUUGGGUGUUGUAGUACCAGAAGCUCUGAAUUUAGCCAUUAAUUCUGGAUACUUGGAUUCAUUUACCAAAAGUUACAUUAUUGGAUUGUGGGGUAAUCAUGUCAGUCAAGCACUUAAAGAUGCUAACCGUAAUCAAGCUAUAGUCCACCAGCAGCAGCAGCAACGAAGACCUUCUUUGAGCAUUCAAACUUCGAACAAUCAAGUACCCACACUAAAUAAACGAAGACUUUCGAUAAGUAACCAACCUGAGACUAGCUCAACAGCUCUUAAAACACCCAAAAUUACCGAUACUCCCGUUAUUACCGUACCUUUAUCAAUAACCGCUGCAUCUCCAUUAAAUUCGGCACAAAUUCCUCCUUUCUCGUCUAACCAGCUUGCUGAAAUUAAAGAAGAACCAACAAAAUUGGAAGUCUCCACCAAAGAAACUGGCACUCGAGAUGCGCAAAGAAUCGGCGCAAAUAAUGUAUCUCAAAGUUUUGAUGUCUUGAAUAGGCAUGUUGAAUCGAAUGGUCAUAAUAAUAUUAAGCAAGAGACCGAAAAUAUCUUGGUAAAUUCACAAAAACAAGAUAAAACAGUUAUCUCAAAUUUCGCAUCUCAAUCACCAGUUGGACCAACUUCUGCAUUAAACUCCCCGUUUCCAAUGUCUACUGGAUUAAGCUCUUCCCUUCCUACAUCUAUCUUAUCAAGCGCUCCAAAUCAAGCAUCUAAAGGCGAGAACCGGUUUUGGCUUUACGGAAAAAAACUCGAUAUAUUUGAUCAGACCGAAGAUCCGAUUGAGGCAGAAAAAUUGCUUUUAGCAAUUUUUGGAGCUAUGGAACGGCAAAGCAUCGAAGCGUUUAGUUCUGUUGGCGAUCGUAUUGCACCCAACAUCCGUAAAUUCCUUGACACUUCAAAUCUGUUUGAUGUUGUGCUGAAAAGUUACUGGGAGUCCCAAGAAUCGGAAAACGCUGGUAACAUAAUGAGGAUAUCUGAAUUAAUUAUAAAGGUGGGCGAAAUUGAUUUGGCUCAAGAUAUUGUUCGUACUAGACUUUUGUUAUCGGGCUUAAGUCGAAUAGAACAGAAUCCCCCUAGUUUUGCUCAUAAUUUAUUGUCAGUUUACAAAAAUUUUGUGGAAAAGCAGAUGCAAUUCCAUAAAGCUAGUGACGAGGACGACAAGCUGCAAGAAAUUAAAAGGAGAAUCCUGCAUGAUCUGAUGAUCCUACAGAAAAAGCAUGUGGAUAUUUUUCUUUCUAUGUGGCUGUCAAUUUUAAAAGAAUUGCGAGAAUAUCUAGUGGGUGAUGUGGAUUUUAUUUAUUUGACUAUUUCUAGAAUAAGUCCUGCUUUGGCUUUAUCUAUUCAAACAAAUCUUCUUCUGAACAAAAUUCAGCUUUUUGGAAAAUGUGAUCUCGACGAAUUGCUUGAAUAUGACCAAGGGAUCUUUUUCCAGUUGCUUAAUGCAGAGAUAGGAGGGCAAUUUGAGAAAAUUGUGCAAAUUGUGGAAAAUUCAACCGUUUUAAGAGGAAUAGAUGUAACAGAUUUUCCGCAAGCAAUGAACGGAAUACUGAACUUACUAGGAUCCGUUCGUCCUUCGGAACGAUUUUUCCCUCUGUUCUUUAACCUACUCGAAAAUCAAGACCAUAAUUCAAAUGCAAACGUCAAUUUCGUGGCAAUAAUAUUUGAACAAUGGCGUCGAAUAUUUUCUAACGAGUUUAUGGAAUUGUUGAAGGAAAUCAUUGAAAAACUCUCUGAUAAGGUGACGGAAUCACAGGAGAAGCAGAAAAAAGGACAAUCAUCGAACGAAAAUACUGUUGCAGAAGCGGCGGGGCUAUUGUCGGUCAUGAAAGCUUGGUGGGCGAAAGAACAUGCUGAUGCUGAAACAAUUCGGUUUAUAAGAAGUAAAAGAAUCCUUUCGAAUCUUGUGGCGCUUGCGUCCAAAAUGCCUUCGCAAGAGGAUUAUCCGCUAGAAUGGUGGAACGAAAAUUAUAGCGAUGAACAAUCAAAUGUGCUAUCAGAGCGAGCAAACGAACCUCCAAACCAAACGACGAAAAUUACUAAAACUCGUAAUCUUCGUGCUUCGAAGUCUGCAAAAAAAGCAUCAUCAACGAAUGAGCAUAGUGAAGACAUGGAUCCUCAUGAUGACAAUGACAAUGAUGACCAGGAAGAAGAAAAGGAGGUGAAAUCAACAUCUAGACGCACAACACGAGCUGCAGCAAAAAAGAAAUCAACAUCCACGACAAAAAGAAAAACAACGUCACGACGUAAAGUGGCCAGUAGUAUAACCACUACUACUGAAUCCGAAGAAGACGAGAAUAAUGAAGAUGACGAAGAUAAUGAAGACGAAGAUAAUUACAUUGAUGAAGAAAAAGAAACAGAAAUAAAACAGCCUCAAAGAAAACGCACUACCAGAUCCCAAGCGAAACAAGAAAAAGCUAAAACAACAAGGGCAAAAGCAUCAGCACCCGUCAGGAGAUCUAAAAAAACUAUUGAACAAACAUCAUCAUCCUCUUCCUCAGCAAGUUCAUCUGAAGAGCAAGAAGCAAACAAGGAUGACUCGGAGGACGAAAAUGAAAAAGAGGAAAACGAGAUUAAUGGAAAAAGUAAGAAAUCCACAUCAUCAUACAAUAAUCGCUCCAAGACAUUACAAACUCGUAGUGCUCGUCAAGGACGGGAACCAAUGGUAAUAAAAAGAAGAGGAUCAUUGAAGACAUAG